AUACUCUUCUGUUCUCUUCAUACACUGCCUCUCUGCACUCUACUACCUUGCUUUGUCACACACACACACUCUCUCUCUACCAUAGCUUUCCAUUUUGAAAACCCAGAUACCCAAAUUUCUAUGUAAACAUAGACAUUGCGGGGUUCUUUUUUUUUUUUUCUGGGAAAAGGAGAGAAAGUUUGGAUUUUUUUUUUGUUUGAAGGUUCUUCUGUUGAGCAGGUAAAUGGGUUUUGUGAGUUGGGGUAUUGUACGGGUUGGGUUGUUGCUGGUUUUGACUCUGCCGUUUUCUACUGGAGAUACUGACCCUCGUGAUGUUUCAGCAAUAAAUAGCUUAUAUACUUCUUUGGGUUCACCACCACUUCUGGGGUGGAUACCUGCUGGAGGAGAUCCAUGUGGAGAAGGAUGGCAAGGAGUUUCAUGUGUUUUCUCCAAUAUAACUGAACUACGACUUAGUGGCUUGAACCUUGGAGGCAUUUUGGAUGAAGGCAUCGGAGGCUUCGAAUCGAUAUUGAUAAUGGAUCUGAGUCACAAUCAAAUUGGAGGGAGCAUACCAUCCAACAUACCUCUCACCAUCAAAAACCUUUUUCUUUCAGGUAAUCAGUUCAAUGGGAGCAUCCCUGUUACUUUGUCUGCCUUAACACAACUAACACAAUUGUUUUUGGAUGAUAACCGUUUAAGUGACAACAUACCAGAUUCCUUUCAAGAGCUUAGGAGUUUGGUCGAUUUGGAUCUAUCAGGAAAUAAUUUGACCGGUCAGCUACCUCCCUCAUUUGGGAAUUUGUCAUCUCUUACCACAUUGCAUUUGCAGAAUAAUAAGAUUUCUGGGGUCCUUGAUGUUCUACAGGAUCUUCCCCUUUCGGAUUUGAAUGUAGAGAACAACAUACUUUCUGGUCCUAUACCUCCAAAGUUGCUGAAUAUUCCAAAUUUCAGGAAAGAUGGAAAUCCAUUUAAUACCACUAUUCUUCCUUCACCACCAGCAGCACUUCCUCCAUUUAUAGCCUGGGCUCCAUCUCCUUUACAUGGACCACCUAGGGGACGACCAGCUGACGGACCUUCUUCUAGCCUAGUAUUACCUCAGUGGUCAAAGGGUAGAGUGUUUUGGACGAAUAAGAGAGUUAUCGUGAUUGCUGCUGCCGGGAUUGUAACCCUUAUUGUUCUUGGAGUGGUUCUGCUUUUGGUGUUGAGAUGCUUUAGAGGGAACAAAGAUUCUAAUAAGCAUGGUGCAAAUGCGUAUAACAGCUCCAGUAAAAAGCUUAACCAAGUUCAAAAAUCUUCUUCUCAACCGGCUUAUCAAACGGAGAAAGUUGAUAAAGCAACAGUCACGAGGCCAAUGGAUGGAUAUGGACUAGAAAGUGGAGAUACGGGAAUAAGUCCGAAUUUACACGAUGAACAGCUUCUUGAUGCAAAUACAAGGCCUGCAAGUUCAAGGCACCAGAAAAAUCAUGAGAUAAACAAGGGAGGUUUGGAUGUCAAGUCCUUAUCAAUACGGCCGCCACUACCUCCUCCUUUACUUCCUACUGUGGAGGAGGCCAGUGUAAGCCCAAUAAUGCCAACAGAAGUAAAUGGACCUGGUCGCUCUUCUAGAGGUAGGGACUCGUGUUCUUUGGAUGUGACCGCCUUUACCAUUGCCUCGCUUCAGCAGUAUACAAACAGCUUUGCUGAGGAAAACUUUAUUGGAGAAGGGAUGCUCGGUGGUGUUUACAGGGCUGAGCUUCCAGAUGGAAAGCUACUUGCGAUCAAGAAACUGGAUACUAGAGCUUCGAGGUGGAAGACUGAUGCUGAAUUUCUACAACUCAUUUCUACUAUCUCUAAACUUAGACAUCCUAACAUCGUGGAGCUUGUGGGUUACUGUAACGAGCACGGCCAACGGUUACUUGUUUAUCAGUAUUGCAGAAACGGGACAUUGUAUGAUGCGUUGCAUAUUGAUGAUGAGAUGCAUAAGAAACUCUCAUGGAAUGCACGUGUCCGAGUGGCACUUGGAGUUGCAAGAGCCAUACAGUAUCUGCAUGAAGCUUGUCAACCACCCAUUAUGCACAAGAAUAUCAAAUCUGUGAAUAUUCUUCUUGAUGACAAGCUUGCAGUUCGUGUCUCGGAAUGCGGUUUGGCUCCAUUGUUGUCUUCUGGCUCUACAAGCGAGUUCUCUGGAAGCCUUUUUGUAUCGUACGGUUAUGCAGCCCCGGAAAUCGAGUUCGGAAGCUAUACUUGCCAGAGUGAUGUCUAUAGCCUUGGCGUCGUAAUGUUAGAACUACUCACCGGGCGAGAAUCCUUCGAUAGGUCACGGCCUCUGGGGGAGCAAUUUCUCGUUAUAUGGGCAAUUCAGCAGCUUCACGAUAUCGAUGCAUUAGCUAGGAUGGUCGAUAUCACCCUAAACGGAGUGUAUCCAGUGAAGUCAUUGUCACGCUUUGCCGAUAUAAUAUCCAGAUGCGUGCAGUCGGAACCUGGAUUCAGACCGCCAAUAUCCGAAAUAGUCCAAGACCUUUUACACAUGAUUUAAAAGGUGAAUCUUAUUAGCAAUUUGGCUGUACAUAGAAGAAUGGAUGAUUACAAGGUUUAUCUGCAAGAAAAGAAAAAAGGGGUACCUAUCGAUCGAAGCCACGGAUUAUUAGAUGCUUCGUGUAAUAUAUAUCGGUGUUUUUGUUUUGCAUUAGAUUACCUCCAUUGAUGUUCUAACAGCAAAUUUUUUUUCAGUCCUCACCCCUUUUGAUUCAUGUUUUUAGUGGGGAGGUGCUAAUAUUUUUGUUUAUCUCUGCCAAAACUGUUUUAAGUGUUAUAUUGUGGUCAUUUGAGGUCUUAUUUAGGUUAUAUAUUAUAACGCCAUGUUUUAUAUAGUUCCUAUUAUUGUUUUCUUUUCACAAACUCUGCUAUUAAUUCUUGUAUCUAAUAUACAUAAGUUGUGGAUUUGAUUUCUGUAA